AUGACCAGCCCGCCGCCCCGCCGCCCCAGCUUCGGCAUGCUGCUGCGUCGCUCCAAGAGCGGCGACUUUGGCAAGAAUGGCAAAAAGGCCCAGGCCAUUCGCGACGCCGAGCUGGACCGCCAGCGCCAGAACCCCCCCCGGCUGCCCGAGUUUCGCAACAACACCAGCGACCAGCUGUCCAAGUCGUUUGCGCCCGACCUGCAGUCCAGUCCCUCUUACAGCCUUUCGUCUGGUCCUCCCGCCCGCCCCUCGCGCGACGCCCCUCGCACCACCCACUACCCUCCCGUGCCCCCGAUUCCCUUUGAUCCCUAUGCGAGAACCGAGAGCAUGACGCACCGAGGCCGCUACAGCUACGCCAGCAGCGCCGUGAGCACCGUCGCUGGACCUAGGAGGAUUCGCAGGAGAAAGGAUCCCACUCCGUUCAACGUACUCGUCGUCGGAACUCGCAGCGCCGGCAAGACGUCGUUUCUCGAGUUUCUCAAAACGGCACUUGCCCUGCCCGCUCACAAGCGUUCCACCAAGAGGGCCGACGAGGAUGACUUCAAGUUUCCCACCCCGGCCACCGGCAAUUUCGCCCCCCACUACCUCGAGACCGAAACCGACGGCGAGCGCGUCGGCCUGACUCUCUGGGACUCCGAGGGCCUGGAGAAGAACGUCGUCGACCUUCAGCUCCGAGAGAUAACGGCUUUCCUCGAGAGCAAGUUUGAGGAGACGUUUGGCGAAGAGAUGAAGGUCAUUCGCUCGCCCGGUGUGCAGGACACCCACAUUCACGCCGUCUUGUUGAUUCUGGACCCCGCGCGCCUCGACCGCAACAUCGCUGCCGCUAAGAAACUCUCCUCCAACGGCUACCACAACGGCGCCAGCCCCGCAAACGGUCUGCAGGCCCUCGGAAGCCUCGACGACGAUCUCGACCUGCAAGUCCUGCGCACCCUCUACGGCAAGACCACCGUCAUCCCCGUCAUUGCAAAGGCCGACACCAUCACCACCAAGCACAUGAACGUGCUGAAGAAAGCCGUCUGGGACUGCAUCAGGAAGGCCAAUCUUGACCCGCUCGAGGCUCUUGGGCUGGACGAUGACAGUGACGGUGAGUCGUACCGCAUCGACGAGGACGACGAGAACCAGGCCGACGAGGACCGGCAGGCCAACAAGGAUGGCCAGGAGCCGUCUUCCCCUCCGCCGUCGACGCCCAGCUCGAACCGGCAGUUGAGCCCAUCAAUGGGCCGACCCAAGGCUCAAGAAAGCGCAAAGGAGGAAGAGAAGCCAUUCCUCCCCUUCUCCAUCAUUAGCCCCGACCUGUACGAACCUGGAGUCAUUGGUCGACGGUUUCCUUGGGGAUUCGCCGACCCGUACAACGAGCAACACUGCGACUUCCAGCGCCUCAAGGAAGCCAUCUUCACCGAGUGGCGCGGUGACCUGCGCGAGGCGAGCCGGGACCAGUGGUACGAGGGCUGGCGAACGAACAGGCUGAAGCAGGGCAACCUUCCCUACCGCCCACGAUAG